AUGAUUAUGUCAAAAUUGUCCCCCCGCCUUGUCGAGACUCCUACGAGCAUCAAUAACGAUAACGAUUAUGAGGCUUUCGUCAAUUCUCUGAGGGAGCAGUCCAUUGGCGAAAACGAGAGAGUUACUGUUCCUUUCGAUGGCUCUUCAAGGGAGCUGGUGUAUUGCGACUUCACUGCAUCAGGCCGUAGCGUAUCGGCUAUCGAGGAGUUCAUCACUACCACUGUGUGUCCCACAUACGCCAACACUCACUCGUUGGCGUCGGCAACUGCGCGGCAAACGAUGAAGUACCGCGAGGAAGCGAGGGACAAGGUUCGUGAGUAUUUCAAUUGCACUAAAGAUGACUCUGUUAUUUUCUGCGGCGCCGGGGCUACCGGGGCCAUUACCAAAUUCGUUGAAAUCAUGUGUCGUAGUCGGGUCUUCGCCACACAGGAUUCACGGAAGGGACGUCGUCGUGCAGUUUUGAUCAUUGACCCUGUUGCUCAUCAUAGUUCAGUCCUGCCGUUCAGGGAGCUGGCUUUGAAAUAUCCCCUUGUUCGUGUCACUCGUUCGAGAGCCGGUGAGACUGAUAGUUCGUCACGAUCCUCGGACAUGGAUGUUACAGCAUUCAAUCGUCAUCAUCACGAUUUUGCUGUGCCCGUAGUUGUCCUCUCCGCCUGUAGCAACGUCACUGGAGCCCGCCUUGAUAUACCUACCGUGUCAACUUUGAUUCAUCAAUAUGACGGAAUAGCGGCAUGGGACUUGGCUGCUAUCGCUGCUCACAACAAAGUCGAUAUGAAUCCGUCAUCUCACCCUAGCGGCUAUAUCGACUUUGCUUUCGUAUCGCCUCAUAAACUCCUCGGGGGUCCGGGUACAAGCGGUAUUCUGCUCUGCAAGCAGAAGCAUCAGACCAACGCCGUGCCCGCUGUAUGUGGUGGAGGAGUUGUCCUCCACGUAUCUCGGAGAGGCCAUCAAUAUCUUGACAAUUUGGAAGAACGAGAGGAAGCCGGUACGCCGGACAUCCUAGGCUGCAUUAGGACGGGUGCUGUUUAUUACUUGCAUAUGAUUGUUGGGAUAGAAAGAAUUGCUAUUGCAGAGCAGAAAAUGGCCCACGAUCUCGUCAACAGAAUUCGGGCUAAUAGCAAGGUCCAUGUUGUUGGACCGAGGGAUCGAUCCCACUGUGCUGGCAUUAUCUCUUUUAAUAUUUUGUAUAAUCAGUAUCUGCAUUACAAUUUCGUAAGUGCUGUGCUGAAUGAUCUGUUCGGAAUCCAAGCAAGAGGUGGUUGUGCCUGCGCCGGUCCUUAUGGACAUGCCGUUCUCGGUGUAGACUGCGGCAGUGCUGAGAGAUUUGAAGAGGCCCUCGGUAUGCUGUGUCUCGUGCGUGCCGUUUUCAGAAAGCUCUCAGGUGACAAGCCUUACGAGAUAUUCAAGCCUGGGUUCGUCCGAGUUGGGGUUCAUUUCACCAUGACUCAAGAAGAAGUGGAUUUUGUCGCCGAUGCGAUCCUGUGGAUAGCCGACAAUGGGUGGAAGUUGCUUCCUUCAUACACUUUCAAGAUCAUGUCGGGGGAGUGGUAUCAUAUGAAGAGAGACGAAUGUCAGACGCUCAGGUAA